AUGAAACCCAGUUCUGAUGAUGUCCAUUUUUUGAUGGACGAAAGCUCAUCCCGUUUUCGCCCGAAACGAGGGAGGAAGUCUCGUGGACUGCGUCAACAUGAAGAUCGUAUCAAAGCCAACCGGCUGCAGUACAAGAUUCAUCCGUCCUCAUCUGUCGGAACAUGCGGUCCACGAUCGUGGCAAGAUCCUCGUGUGGAAGGCAAACGCAGUGGCGCUCGAGUUGGCAAAACUGAAGGGGACAAAAUGAGGCAAUUGGAGAAAAACGAAGGGAUUAUGAGUAUGGAGAAUGAAGAAAACACAACAAAACACAGCACGGCCGUGCCAGUAGAGCCUCUCCAUUCAUACAUCCAAACGGCGCUCUUGCGGCGUGGCCUCGGCGGCAUUGGGAAUCGAGUCCAGGAGUCGCCGAGUACUGUGGACCCUAUUUUAGCCGGGGGUGGUGAAGGAUUGAUGGUGUGA